CCUAUUUGCAGAUUUCAUUUCUAUCUAUCUAUAUUCAACAUAAAGAUCACGCCUUUCUCAAUAGUCACACACACCAGAGAAAGAGAGAGAGGGCAAUGAUACCGCACACACACUCAAUUCAAUUCUACUAGAUGCGAUGGAUUCCACGCCUGUAAAUUGGGAAGCGCUCGAUGCUCUCGUCAUCGACUUCGCUAAAUCGGAGCGAUUGAUCGACGACUCGCCGCCGCCGCCGCCCUCGCCGUCUUCUAUCUCGUCCUCCUCCUCCUCCUACCGCUGGCGCCUCCUGAUUUUCCAGAUCAGGCGCUCCGUCGAGUCCGGCGACAUCGACUCCGCUAUCGACCUCCUCCGGAGCUACGCCCCCACCGUGCUCGACGAUCACCGCCUCCUCUUCCGUAUGCAGAAACAGAAAUUCAUUGAGCUGUUGAGGAAGGGAACUUCCGGUGACCGUGAUUCUGCGAUCGACUGUGCGCGGAAAUCUCUCGCGCCGUGUGCAUUGGAUGCCUAUCCGGAAGCAUAUGAGGAAUUUAAACAUGCUCUUCUCGCCUUUAUUUAUGACAAAGAUGAUCAGAUGUCUCCUGUGGCAAAUGAGUGGUCUGAGAGAAGAAGGUUUGAGAUUGCAGGGCUUUUAUCUUCUAUAUUACGGGCUCAUUUACAAGCAUAUGAUCCUAUAUUUACCAUGACAUUGAGGUAUUUGAUAAGUAUACACAAAGGAUUUUGCCUUCAUCAAGGAGUUUCAUCACCCGUAGCCAAUCUUACAGAGAGGCUGCUCCUUGAGGAGCGUGACCCCCCUGCCACUCCACAAGAAAGUUUGUUUGAGGCGCCUCCAUUUGAUGAGGUGGACAUUCAAGCCCUUGCUCAUGCAGUAGAGCUAACCAGACAGGGUGCCAUUGAUAGCAUGAGGUUUGCCAAGGGUGAUCUAUACAAGGCAUUUCAGAAUGAAUUAUGCCGGAUGAAAGUAGACAUCUCGGUGCUUGAUGAACUUGUUCACGAAUAUUGCAUUUAUAGGGGUAUCGUGGACCCUGAUCCAACAAACCUGGGUGAAAGAUUGCAUGUUGCAACUGAAAUGGAAACUGCGGAUAAAUGGGAAGCUGGCAGCAGUUUAUCUGAAUGUUCCAUUAUUACCGACAGUAAGUCGGUGAGCAGUGCUCAAAUGGAAGGUUCUCAUACUAAAAAUGAUCCAGUGAGCUCACAAUAUUCUGAUAUGGAUGUGCGAUAUCCCUGUGAACCAAACAGUCUUAGUGAAGAUUGUAGUACCACUAGAGUACGCCAGCUGGAAGACAACAGAGCUUUUCAAAGAAACAGAAGCACUGGAACUGUGGAUAGGGGCAAACGUAAAAGAUGGAGGGGGAGAGAUGAAACUUUUGAAGUUGCUUCUGAAGCUUUCACUGGAAGCUGCUGCAAAUAUGGUGUUGGUGGUGCUACUGCCUUACCAGGUUGCACUAACCUGGAUCUCGAAAAGUCCAUUAUAAAAAAUGUAAGCAGCAUGGCUGACAAGUACGAGAUUAUUUUGGGUAUGAAGGAUUUAGCUAGUGAGGGAAUGGCUGCAGAGGUUGUUGAAGAAAUAAAUGCUCUCGAUCCAGAAUUUUUCCCUCAGAACCCAACACUUCUUUUCCAACUGAAGCAGAUUGAAUUCCUUAAGCUUGUCCGAGCGGGUGAUCAUUCCGCUGCAUUGAAGGUUGCCUCAUCUCAUUUGGGCCCUUUGGCUGCUAAUUAUUCAGCCUUGCUUAAGCCCCUGAAAGAAACUUUGUUCACUUUGCUCCGGUCAAGUGAAGAACCUAGCGGCAAACAUUUGCCCUUAGAUGCUCUCGCAACUUCCCUUCAGGUUGCGAUUGGCAAGAGGUUUGGGAUCGAAGAACCCCAGCUUAUGAAGAUCAUAAGGGCCAGCCUCCACACUCACAAUGAAUGGUUCAAGCUUCAAAUGUGUAAAGACCAAUUUGAGGGGCUCUUGUGGAUCAAUUCGCUUAAAGAAAACGGUGGUCCUUUGUUAGGAGAUUCUGCUUCUAAGUCGACUAUUGAUACGUGCACUCAAGGCUCCUCUCCAGCUACAAUAUCCUCCAGUAACACGAGGAUGCAGGAAGAUGGUAGUAGUUCUAAUCAGAUCUCAUCUAGCGAUAUUGGAUGUGAUGAAAAUGCAAUACUGAAAGUGAUGGAAUUUCUUGCUCUGCCGCGAGGAGACGCAAUUCAUCUACUUGCCCAGUAUAACGGAAAUGCAGAAACAGUGAUCCAACAAAUAUUUGCUUAGUGUAAAAAAAAAAUGUAUGUUAACAACUGAAAAUAGUCCAUUGUUAUUUAAUUGGACUAUUUCUAUACCUAUUUCAUCGCACCUCAAUUGUGUAAUUAUGCAACUACACAUAGGGAAAGUGCCUGGUUUGAUAUUGUAAAUAGACUUGGAGUUGUUGGAGAAUUGUAUGUUGGUUUAUCCUCUGGGAUUUAAUUUAUUUAUUUAUGGGAAUAAACAGGUAUUCUGUA